GCGGAGGGCUUCUGCCUCCGGGGAUUCUGGGAGUUGUAGUUCCGGAGCUCGGCGCUUCCGGGCAGCUCCCCGGCAGAGCCUGGGGUCCUGCGGCUGCGUUCCUAGGACGGAGGUUGCCCGGACCUGUUUUGUGCCCAUCAUGCCCUUCUCAAGAGUGACCAGCAAUGGGCUUGCAGGGAGGAGUUCCCCAGGGAGUAAGUGUGAUUCGUGGCUCUGUCCAGCUCACAGCUAUGGCUCAGAUGGAAGAAUUGAGGCAUGAUGCUUGGAGCCCAGGCAGGGAGGAUCAAAAUGUUCACGGCCAACCUGGGUUACCCAUCAACCUGGGUUAGCCUGGGCUAACUGCUGAAGCCCUGUCCCCAAACCUAAAAACACAGAAGAAAGGACAAAGCCAGCUGUGGCUCGCCAAGGACCACGGUUCCCAGUGAGCAGUGUGAUGUCCGGCCCGCUGUGAGCACACACAGUACCAUCCUUACCCGGGUGCCUCCACUCCGUCUGCCCUAGACCUGAACCACAGCCUGAGACCCACUGGAGGCCGCGUGUGAAUGAGCUGCAUGUGCUUGCGGGGGUGUCCUGAGCUGUGGCUGGAGUCCAGCUCGCUCCUGCCACACCAAGGAUAGGACCACGGCUAGUGCUGUUCACGUAAGGCAGCCAAGUAGGCGGCCACAUCGGGAGCCACUCGCUGUCUCCUCAUCAUUCUGUCUUCCCAGGACUCAGCUGUUCCUAGGAAGACUGCAGGAUGGCCAGGGGCAAGGAGAUGGUGACGUUCAGGGAUGUGGCCGUAGUCUUCAGUGAGGAGGAGCUGGGGCUGCUGGAUCCUGCCCAGAGGAAGCUGUACCAUGACGUGAUGCUGGAGAACUUGAGGAACGUGGUGUCACUGGGGCAGCAGAUGGUGGCUCCUGAGAGUUUGCUCCAGCCCAGCAGAAGGGACGAGCUCGCGGUGCUGACGGUGGCCGGCUGGAGCAGAGACCCUGCAGGAGAUGAGAAUGUGAAGGAAAUGGAGUCUCUUCAGGAAGUAGGACUGGGGGACCUGGCACAUGAGGAGCUUUUCUGCUCACAGAUCUGGCAGCAAGUUACUAGGGAGUUAACGAGGGGGCGAGAGCUCACGGUGCACACUGGAGAGAGCAGCUCUCCCUUGAAACAAGGUGAUGAGCCUUGGGAAGAAGAGGAGCUCAGCAGACAUUCCCGUCAGAAUCCAGUUCUUCAGGCUCACCACAGGGAAGGCCAUGAAGAAGAGGCACAUGAGAAAGAUUUCAGCUGCUGCCACCAUCCUCAUGUUAUUACAGGAGAGAAGUCCUACAAGUGUGAAAAAGUUCACAGCACCUUCUGUCCAUUCUCAAGUCUUCAGUCCCAUCAGAGAGUACACGACAGAUGCAGAGCGAGUAGGUCUGAUGGACUGUUUAAGAACUUCAGUCAGAGGCCAGUGUUUCCCUGUCAGCAAAGCAGUCCCACUGGAGAAAACACAGAUGGACAUGAGGACUCUGGGGAUCCUGGGAAAAACUCCUGUGCUCAGACCGUUUUCUUAGUCUGUCCAGGAGAGGAACCCUAUAAAUGUGACGAGUGUGGAGCAAGCUUCAGGCAGACCUCGUGUCUUCAGGUCCAUCAGAGAGCCCACACUGGAAAGAAACCUUACAAGUGUGCAGAGUGUGGGAAGGAAUUCAGCUGGUUUUCACGACUACAUGCCCACCACCGAGUCCACACAGGAGAGAAACCAUACAAAUGUGAGGAGUGUGGAAAGGGCUUUAGUUACAGUUCACACCUUAACAUUCAUUGUAGAGUCCACACGGGUGAAAAGCCCUAUAAGUGUGAGGAGUGUGGGAAAGGCUUUAGCCAGGCCUCAAACCUUUUGGCUCAUCAGAGAGGCCACACCGGAGAGAAACCCUACAAAUGUAACAUGUGUGGGAAGAGCUUCCGCCGGAGUUCAGAUCUUACUGUGCAUUGUAGAAUCCAUACAGGAGAGAAACCACACAAAUGUGAGGAGUGUGGAAAGAGCUUUAGUUACAGUUCACACCUCAACAUUCAUUGUAGAGUGCACACAGGAGAAAAGCCCUAUAAGUGUGAGGAGUGUGGCAAAGGCUUCAGUGUAGGCUCACAACUGCAGGCUCAUCAGAGAAGCCACACUGGAGAGAAGCCUUACAAAUGUGCAGAGUGUGGGAAGGGCUUCUGCCGGGCCUCGAACCUUCUGGAUCACCAGAGGGGCCACACCGGAGAGAAGCCAUUUCAGUGUGCUGCCUGUGGGAAGGGCUUCAGCCGGAGUUCCGAUUUUAACAUUCAUUGUAGAAUCCACACGGGUGAAAAGCCCUAUAAGUGUGAGGAGUGUGGGAAAAGCUUCAGUCAGGUCUCAAAUCUUCUGGCUCAUCAGAGAGGCCACACCGGAGAGAAACCCUACAAAUGUAACACGUGUGGGAAGAGCUUCCGCCGGAGUUCAAAUCUUAACGUUCAUUGCAGAAUCCAUAUAAGAGAGAAACCACACAAAUGUGAGGAGUGUGGAAAGGGCUUUAGUUCUAGUUCACACCUCAACAUUCAUUGUAGAGUGCACACAGGAGAAAAGCCCUAUAAGUGUGAGGAGUGUGGCAAAGGCUUCAGUGUAGGCUCACAACUGCAGGCUCAUCAGAGAAGCCACACUGGAGAGAAGCCUUAUAAAUGUGCAGAGUGUGGGAAGGGCUUCUGCCGGGCCUCAAACCUUCUGGAUCACCAGAGGGGCCACACCGGAGAGAAGCCAUUUCAGUGUGCUGCCUGUGGGAAGGGCUUCAGCCGGAGUUCCGAUUUUAACAUUCAUUGUAGAGUCCACACGGGUGAAAAGCCCUAUAAGUGUGAGGAGUGCGGGAAAGGAUUCAGCCAGGCCUCAAACCUUCUGGCUCAUCAGAGAGGCCACACCGGAGAGAAACCCUACAAAUGUAACACGUGUGGGAAGAGCUUCCGCCGGAGUUCAGAUCUUAACGUUCAUUGCAGAAUCCAUACAGGAGAGAAACCAUACAAAUGUGAGGAGUGUGGGAAAACCUUCAGUCAGUUCUCAAGUCUCCAGGUGCACCAGAGGGUCCACACAGGAGAGAAGCCGUAUCAGUGCGCAGAGUGUGGGAAGGGCUUCAGUGUAGGCUCCCAACUCCAGGCCCACCAGCGCACCCACACUGGAGAAAGGCCCUAUCAGUGUGAGGAGUGUGGGAAGGGCUUCUGUCGUGCUUCCAAUUUCCUCGCUCAUCGAGGGGUCCACUCAGGAGAAAAGCCAUACCCAUGUGACGUGUGUGGAAAGCGCUUCCGGCAGAGGUACUACCUGCAGGCCCACCAGAGGAUCCACACUGGAGAGAAACCGUACAAAUGUGAGGAGUGUGGGAAAGUCUUCAGCUGGAGCUCAUACCUUCAAGCCCAUCAGAGAGUCCACACGGGAGAAAAACCGUACAAAUGUGAGGAGUGUGGGAAGGGCUUCAGCUGGAGCUCCAGUCUCCUGAUUCACCAGCGAGUCCACGCUGAGGAUAAAUGUGACAAGAGCCUUUCUUUAUCAGGUGGUUCGUACAGGGAAUAAGCUCCACACACACUUCAAUAAUUCAAGAUGCUGCUGAAAUUUCUGAACAGCUGUCAAAGGGCACAAAAAAAGUUCUCUUACAACUGGGUACUGUGUGCAGACUGCCACCGUGUUUGAGGGACAGGGAGUACUGAGAGUGGAUCUUUGAUUGUUCCGUCCAGAACCUUGACCCUUACCUGAUCCAUGCUGACGGGACGUCCGGGAGAGAUGGGCCUGGUGUGGAGUUAGCGGUCUAUUUGGGGGAGAUUUGCCUGCCUUUCUGGCGCCCGACAGAUUGUGUACUUUGGGUCAUUGUUAAGUAUCAAGAAAGCCUGUUGUGGUGGCUCACAAUUGUAAUUCCAGCUCUCAGGUUUUCUGUGGUGUUGGAGGACAGUGUGCUUUCACAUGCUAGUCUGGUCAUCGCCCUACCAUGGGCAUUUGGAGUGUUGAUGUAUCUCCUGUAACCCUGUGAUGAUAAGGAAUGCUCCCCCAAUUUUCCUUGACUGGCCAAAUAAAGAUGCUGAGCCAA